AUGUCCUUCCUCGACAACAUCAAGAACCAGGCCUCGUCGCUCGGCGGCGGCGCCCAGGGCCAGCAGCAGGGCCAGCAGGCUCCCCAGGCCGCCGCUGGUGCCUCCACCGGCCAGCAGGACGCUCUCGACAAGGGCAUCGGCAGCAUCCUCACCAAGGCCGGCCACGGCCAGUCGAACGAGACCACUGAGAAGAUCUCGGACGGUGUCCGCAGCGCCUUCAAGAAGGCGACUGGCAAGGACGUUCCCAUUGCGGACAAGCAGUAA